CCUGGCGACUCAGAAGCCUCCCACCAGCCCCAGCCUGGCGACUCAGAAGCCUCCCGCCGGCACCAGCCUGGCCUCGGAGGAGCCUCCCACCGGCCCCAGCCUGGCGACUUAGAAGCCUCCCGCCGGUCCCAGCCUGGCAACUCAGAAGCCUCCCGCUGGUCCCAGCCUGGCGACUCAGAAGCCUCCCGCCGGCCCCAGCCUGGCGACUCAGAAGCCUCCCGCCGGCCCCAGCCUGGCACUUGUGGCGCCUCCUCCCAGGCCAGAGCAGGAGUUCAGUGACAGCACCAGCUCCGUAUUCUCCUGCGGGUCCAGCAGCUCCUCCAUGGGGUCUGGGAGCCCUGUGUUUCGAGGCUCCCUCUUUGGAGACACCCCCAGCGCCCAGGUGUGGUGGGGUGAGGAGGAGGAGGAAGAAGAGGAGGAGGAGGAGGAGGAGGAUUCGUCCCCCAUCACGCCUCAGAAGCCUCCCACCAGCCCCAGCCUGGCACUUGUGGCGCCUCCUCCCAGCCCAGAGCAGGAGUUCAGUGACAGCACCAGCUCCGUAUUCUCCUGCGGGUCCAGCAGCUCCUCCGUGGGGUCUGGGAGCCCUGUGUUUCAAGGCUCCCUCUUUGGAGCCUCGCUCCAGGCCCUCCAGCCACCCGCUCCAGCCCUGCCUACUCCUCCUCGUGAUCUUUCCCGACAACGGCAAUUUCGACCACCCGGCUUCGACCUCCGGCGCAGAUAUGGACUCUGGCUCCGGAUGGGCCUGCACAUAGUCAACACCUGGCUGCAGUAG